AUGGAAAUAGGAAAUAAGGUUUACCUAAAUAACAUUGACCAGAUAGAUGAAAAAUCGCAUAUCAAGGUUCGGGUGCUUAAAAUUUGGAACUUUGUCAGAAAUAAUAAAGUUUGUUCGAUUGAAAUGAUCAUCAUGGACGAGGAGGGUACACAAUACCAAGCUCGUGUCUUCAAUCAUAAUUUCUCCAGAUUUCGUCAUCUUUUAAAGGAAGAUGAAAGUUAUAUAGUUAUAAAACCCAAUAUGGCUGCUGUUACUAAUGGUUUUAGUUAUACAGACCUUAACUUUGGAUUGGAAAAGCAUCCUAAAAAAAUUUAUGUACAUCUGAAGGUUACUAUUUUUGGAAGUCAAGCAUAUCAAAUUUCAGAAUACCUAAAAAAUAACCCGACGGUUAAUUUUGUUGUUAUCGUGAUGCAGUUUUUGAAGCUAAACAUUUGGAAUGGUCUUGGUGAAGCUAAAAGUCAUUUUGAAGUAACGAAAUUGUUCAUAAAUUCUGACAUUUAUGAAAUAAAUGAGUUUAAAAAUAAGUUAGUUUCCAAUUUUUGUGAGAUCACCGAACCAAUUAAGGAAAUGAAGUUUUUAUUAGUUGCUUCCAUUGUUAAUAUAAGGCAGAAUCUACCAUGGUAUUAUAAAGCAUGCAAAAAAUGUGGAAAAAAAAUUAUCCCUGUUCCCAAAACCAAUCAUUCGUAUACCAACCCUGAGGGAAUUUCAGAAACUAUGGUUGUCGAGUGUACAAAUGCACAAUGCAAAAAAUCUGAAUUUCAGUAUAUAAUUCCAAUUAAUGUACAAGAUUGUACUGGAACCAUUGGAUUGACUCUUUUUGAUAGGGAAGCAAUGAGGUUGUUAAAUAUAAGUGCCUACGAGUUGAGAAAGAUACAUGAUGCGGCCGGAGACAGUGAUGCCCUAUUUCCAAUGCAACUUAACGUGUUGAAAAACCGCAAGUUUGGUUUUGUUGUAGAUAUUACAGAAUACAAUGUCAACAACUAUAAUAACAUCUAUACAGUUCUCAGAGUUACAGAAGAUAUGUCCAUUGUUUCUGAAUUAGAAAGUAAAAUAGAACUUAUGAGUAUUCAAUCUGUCUCCUUAAAUCAAGUUGCUUUGGAAUCCGAUAAUGUUGUACAGCCUGUUCAAAAGGAUGUGAUCUCACAAACAGACGAAAGUUUUACACCCUCAACAGUUGAUAAGUCAACUACAACAAGUCCAAGCAAAAUAUCAUGUGAUUUGAAGCGCAACCUCCAAGAAAUUUAUGAUGUUGAUUCUGGAUAUGAUUUAAGUUCAACUAAGGCUAAAAGAAUUUCAACCGCAGAGGAAACUCCACUCUUGAUUCCAAAAAAGGAAAAGUGA